AUGGCGACCCGGGCUCCUUUUGUCGUUCCUGCACUCAAGAAACACACCGCAACCGUGAUCAUGGCUCAUGGUCUGGGCGACAGGUUUGGUGCCUAUGCCUGUAAGAACUGGCGCCGUAGAGGCUUGUUCGAAGAAGUAACUUUUAUUUUUCCCAAUGCGCCCAUGAUUCCUAUCACGGUGAAUUUUGGUAUGUCAAUGCCUGGAUGGUACGACCUUUCCAAGCUCGGCCGUGAUCUGGAUUUUGAAGAAGCUAUCCGCAGCCAGGAUGAACCGGGCAUCCUCCGUUCCCGCGAAUACUUCAACACCCUGAUCAAGGAACAAAUUGACCAGGGCAUCAAUCCUUCGCGCAUAGUUCUAGGGGGAUUUUCCCAGGGAGGCGCGAUGUCUGUGUUCACAGGUGUUACCAACAAGGAAAAGCUGGGAGGAGUAUUUGGACUUUCAUGCUAUCUGCUUCUGAGCGAUCGCAUCAAGAACCAGAUCCCUGAGGACUGGCCCAACAAGAAGACACCGUUCUUCCUUGCUCAUGGAACCGAUGAUGACGUUGUGAAGUAUGAGUUUGGAAAGACCUCGUCGAAGUUGCUUCAAGACCUCGGACUGGAGAACGUUCAGUUCAACUCUUACUCUGAUCUUGGCCAUUCUGCCGAUCCCCAGGAAAUUGAAGAUCUGGAAAAAUUCCUUCAGCAGGUCAUCCCUGCUGAAGGUGAGGUUUCCGCCGGGCUAUGA